AUGACUUUUAAUUCUUUCAAAAAAUUAAACGAUGUUGCUGCUGAUGCUUCUUCACCUUCAAGUGUAAACAAUGUCGAAAAACAAAAAGAAAAGAAUUACGUUAAAAAACUUCAUCCACAACGAAAUCGAAAGAAAAAAGAAAAUGAACACGAUAGUCAAAUCGAUGAACCAAUCGUAUUACCAACAUAUUGUGAUUUAAUUCUACAAGGAUUACAAUCACGCGAGUCUUUUCCUUCAAUUCAAAAAGUUUUUUUGGAUCAAACAGCAACACAUUUUCUCCGAAAAUACUCAAUCGUAUCAUUGAAAUCUCUUCAUUAUUCUUUUGUUUUAGCACUUGCUGGAAAAUUUCCAAUAUUAAAUUAUUUAAAUAAAGAUGUCGAUGGUAGGAUGGGUUGA